AUGGAUCAUGUCUUCUCAAUAAUGGAAGAGUACACAUGGACACUGGAACAAGAGAUUGGUGAACGCACCAAAGAACUUACAGAACAAAAGAAGAAAGCAGAUCUUCUUUUGAGUAAAAUGUUGCCAAAGUGA